AUGAAAGUUGCGAUAUUGCAUUCCAGGAGCUCAAGAACCGUCUGUGCAAAACACCUAUUCAUAGUUGACACAGACGCAAGUGAUAUAGGACUUGGCGGUGUGUUGUCUCAACGGAAUGGUGACCAAGAGAUUGUGAUAGCGUACUUCAGCAAGUCAUUGUCAAAGCCGGAAAGGAACUAUUGUGUCACAAGACGGGAAUUGCUUGCUGUGGUAAAGUCCUUGCAGCAUUUUAGCAAAUAUCUUCUAGGGCGGAAAUUCCACUUACGAACUGACCAUGCUGCACUGAAAUGGCUAUUGCAGUUCAAAAAUCCGGAAGGACAAGUUGCGAGAUGGAUUGAACUACUGCAGGAAUACGACAUUGUGAUCGAACAUCGCAGCGGGAAAUCUCAUGGCAAUGCAGAUGCAUUGUCAAGAAGACCUUGCCCUGAAGAUUGCAAGCAUUGUACUAGGCCAGAGGGUAAGGAAGUGGUAUCUGUGAGAAUGCUCAGGACAGACCAGCUCAGCAAUGAGUGGAAGGACAGCCUACAACAUGCACAGCAGGAAGAUUCGGACAUUAAGCCGAUUCUGGAAUGGAUGAAGGCCAGUGCUCCUAAGCCCAAGUGGAGCGACAUCUCAGCAAUGAGUUCAACCACGAAAAGCUAUUGGGCUCAAUGGGACAGCUUGCUGAUUCAGGAUGGAGUCCUGUGCCGUAAAUGGGUAAAUGGUCGGGGAGACAGUUGUCAUUUGCAAAUGGUUGUCCCUAAGGCUAAACUACCGGAUGUUCUACAGCUGUACCAUAGUGGUUGUUCAGGAGACCACCUGGGAGUUAAACGAACUCUACUGAAAAUUCGAGAACGGUUUUACUGGGUCCACUGUCGUGACGAUGUCGAGGACUGGUGCCGCAAAUGUACAAGUUGUGCGGCUGUAAAGGGACCUCAAAUUCGUAGUAGAGGCGCAUUGAAAUUGUACAAUGUUGGUGCACCAUGGGAGAGGAUAGCCAUUGACGUUGCGGGGCCGUUUCCGGAAAGUGAAAGUGGUAACAAGUAUUUCAUGGUUGUAAUGGAUUACUUCACUAAGUGGCCAGAAGUCUUCGCCAUUCCAAAUCAAGAAGCUUCAACAAUUGCAGAUAAACUAGUUCAUGAAGUCUUCUGUCGUUUUGGAGUACCUUUAGAGAUUCACAGCAAUCAAGGAAGGAAUUUCGAGUCUCAAAUAUUCCAGGAAACUUGCAGAGUUAUGGGUACUCAUAAAACACGAACAACUUCUUACCACCCACAAUCUGAUGGAAUGGUAGAACGAUUUAAUCAGACAUUGGAAAGGUACCUGGCAAAAGUUGUGGAAAAACGGCAACGAGACUGGGACAGGCACAUACAACCGUUUUUGUUGUCAUAUCGAAGCGCUGUUCACGAAAGUACAUCAGUGACACCAGCUUUCGUAAACUUUGGGAGAGAAUUGCGGCUGCCUGCAGACCUGAUCGCCGGAAUACCACCUGAUGCCCCACGCAGUAUAACCGAUUAUGCAAAUGACUUGCGGAACAAAAUGAAUGACAUUUAUGAGCACGUCAGACAGACGGGCGAGCAAACGUCUGAGAAGAUGAAAACACGGUAUGACCGCAAAAUGAACAACAAGGGGUUUGAUGAAGGUUCACCAGUGUGGUUACACAAUCCAGUUAGCAGCAAAGGGAAAUCUCCUAAGCUUCAAGCUAAAUGGGACGGACCGUACCGGAUUGUGACAAGGAUCAAUGACGUAACCUACCGGAUACAGAAAGGUGUCAGAGGUACUCCUAAGAUUGUCCAUGUGGAUCGACUGGCGCGUUAUUAUGGGGCCAAUAAUGCUCGGGAUGAGCAUGUCUUAGGAGGGGGCAGUGUUACGCGCCACUAUUAA